CUCCACGUAAAAACAUUACAGUAGGCGCCGGCAACAAAAACAGCCAACAUUGCUCGCUCGCGCACACACAUCGCUCUCGUUGCAGGUAGAAAUAUACAUACGGUAACCUUUCCGUUCAACAAUGGCCAGUCGCAACCGUAACCGGGUCGCUCCGAAAGAGCAAAACGCGUGGAACAUUCCGGUGCAAACGAAAUCCGAAUCCGACCGACAGCCGGCGCGAAAACCAUCCACUGCAAACGGUUCCAAGGGCGGUGCAGCGGCGGCGGCGGCGGCCACAUCGGAACCGGCCGGUAUGAGCAGCUCCAAGAUUCCGCUACCCUCCAGCAUGUUGAAAAAGUCACAGGAAAAGUUCAUCCAGGUACAGCGGCAGCACGCCGAAACGGCCAGGAAGUAUGCGGCCGAGUACGUGUCGAGUGAGGAGGAGGAGGAGGGCGAGAACGCAAGCGGACAAGAAGCGGGUGCAGCAGCCUCAAACGAUGCGGCCACGCGAAACAUUCUCGGAGACGUGCUGAAGAACUACCACGGCGCCGAGGCGGACGUGGGCAAAACGCAGGAGUAUUUGCAGCAUCUGCUCGAAUCGCGCAAUGCCGUCUGCCUGAUCUGCAUCGAGACGGUGAAACGUGCGGACAGGAUCUGGUCCUGCGCCGCGUGCUACACGUUCUUUCACCUCAUGUGCAUCCAGCGAUGGGCUAAUGAUAGCAUGUCGAUGAAGCGCAUCAAUCACGAGCAGCAGGAGGGUUACUACAACAACAGGGGGGAGUACAUACCGAAGCCGGCGCUCGACGUGCACUGGGACUGCCCGAAGUGUCGCCGGGAGUACGAGCCGGAGGCGAUACCGCGCCAUUACGAGUGCUUCUGCGGCAAGGAGCGGGAACCAAACGCCCAUCCCUGGCUGAUUCCGCACUCGUGCGGUGAGCCGUGCGAGAAGCAGCUGAAUCCGGCCUGCGGCCACACCUGCCGGCUCCUGUGCCAUCCGGGGCCGUGUCCGCCGUGUCCACAGACGGUGAAUGUGUCGUGCCGUUGCGGAAAUUCGCCCGUGAAAACGAUCCGCUGUGCGCAGAAAUCGUGGACUUGCGCAAGGAAGUGUAAAAGAAAACUAGCCUGUGGGAUACACGAGUGCGGUGCCCAGUGUCACGACGCUGGCCAGUGUCCACCGUGCCAGAACCGCAGCAAGCAGCCGUGCCUAUGUGGCGCACAAACCAAAGAAGUCAACUGUUACGAAUCGCGCUGGCAGUGUGACAGCGUGUGCAACAAACCGUUCCCCUGCGGGUUACAUCACUGUGAGGGCGUGUGUCAUGCUGGACCGUGCGGUCCCUGUCCCCUAGGGCUGCCACGCUCGUGUCCGUGCGGCAAAACGGAAACUCGCGCAGCCUCCUGCUCGGAGCGCAUCGGCACGUGCGGUGAUACGUGCGAGAAGGUGCUUGCCUGCGGACAGCAUCUCUGCCCGGAACGGUGCCAUCAGGGCGCGUGCGGCAACUGUUUGGAGCUCGUGCCGAAGGUGUGUCGGUGCGGCUCGACCAAGAAACCGAUCGUGUGUCACCGGGAAGCGAUCUGCGAGGGUCGCUGCAAGCGGAUGCGCACCUGCGGCAAGCACCAGUGCAAUCGGAAGUGUUGCGAUGGCCAAUGUCCGCCCUGUGAUAGGGUGUGCGGGAAGACGCUACCGUGCGGGAAGCACAAGUGCAGCUCGCUCUGCCACCAGGGACCGUGCUAUCCUUGCAAUCAGAAAUCCACGAUCAAGUGUCGCUGUGGCGGUACCGUGGCCGAGGUGGCAUGCGGUCGGGAAAGGAAAGCAAACGCACCGAAGUGCAAGCUACCGUGCCGGGCUGCCUCCAAGUGUCACCAUCCGAACACGCACACCUGCCACCCCGGGGACUGUCCGGUGUGUGUGCUGCCCUGCGGCCAGCCGAACGAUACGACCAACUGCGAGCAUCCGUGCCGGGCCAAGUGUCACGAUGCGGUGCAGGUGGUGACGCGGGAGAAAAACUUCAAACCCGUCGGCCCGUGGGACGUGCCGAAGGAGACGGUCGAGGUGAAAACGCUGCCCCAUCCGGCAUGCACCGUGAAGGUGCCGGUCAUGUGUCUCGGCGGUCACGAAACGGCCGACUGGCCCUGCUCCAACUCGAAACCAUCGUCCUGCGGGCGGCAGUGCGGCCGUUUGCUGAAGUGCGGUGUACAUCGCUGCCCGCUCGCUUGCCACAAGGUGACGCACCGGGCCAGCACGACGCAGGAUUCGCGCUGUGAGCCGUGCUCGGCCGGCUGCACGUUGCCCCGGCCGGAGGGUUGCGUUCACUCGUGCGCGCUGCGCUGCCACAAGCCGCCGUGCGAUCCGUGCCUGGUGUCGAUCAAGUCACAGUGCUACUGCGGCCUGACGCAGGUGUUUUACAAAUGCCACGAGUUUUACCCUACCGGCAUGGAGGGGAAGGAACCGGAAGAGUUGGCCGAGCUGGCACGGCGGCGCGAGUCGUUUCUUAGCUGUGGUCAAAAGUGUAUUAAAAACUUCCCUUGUGGGCAUCGCUGCACCUCCAUCUGCCAUCCCGGGCGCUGUCCGAAUCCGGAGCAGUGCUCAAAGAAGGUAAAGGUGGCGUGCAAAUGUGGCCAGCGAAAGGUGGAGGUAAGCUGCAAGGUGGCGCGCGCCACACCGUCGCUCGACUGCGACCAGCAGUGUGAAGCCGUCCGGGCCCAGAAGCAGGAAGAGCAGGAGCGCAAGGAGCAGGAAGCACGGGCCCAGGAAGAGUUGCAGAAUCAGCGCGAGCUGGAGGAGUACGAGCGCAAGUUUGGGAAGCGGAAGCACCGCGAACGGAAGCGACACCAGGUGCAGCAGGAGGAAAAGGGAACGCAAUGGGCGGUUUACGUAGCGCCAGUAGUGGCUGUGUUGAUAGCUGUAGCAUUGUACUUUCUAUUUGUGCAAUAAAUUAUAAGUUUUA